AUGGCCACCCAGCUUUGCACUCCGACCUUCUCCACUGGGUCUGUCAAGGGCUUCUGUGGCACAGCAGGAAGCAUCUCUCGGGUGUCCUCCAUCCGGUCCAUGGGCUCCUGCAGGGUCCCCAGUCUUGCUGGUGCUGCAGGGUCUGUCUCUUCAGUCAGGCUGGGCCUCUCUGGCCUUGGGAGCUGCUUGCCUGGCUCCUACCUCUCCAUUGGGAGCCACUCCUCUGGCUUUGUCGGGAAUGGGGGCUGGUUCUGUGAGGGCUCCUUCAAUGGCAGUGAGAAGGAGACCAUGCAGUUCCUGAAUGACCGUCUGGCCAACUACCUGGAGAAAGUGCGCCAGCUGGAGCGGGAGAACGCAGAGCUGGAGUGCCGCAUCCGUGAGUGGUAUGAGUCUCAGAGCCCAUACAUCUGCCCAGACUAUCAGUCCUAUUUCAAGACCAUCGAGGAUUUCCAGCAGAAGAUCCUCCUGACCAAGUCUGAGAAUGCAAGGCUGGUCCUGCAAAUUGACAAUGCCAAGCUGGCUGCUGAUGACUUCCGAACCAAGUACGAGACAGAGCUGUCCCUGCGGCAGCUGGUGGAGGCCGACAUCAACGGCCUACGCAGGAUCCUGGAUGAGCUGACCCUGUGCAAGGCUGACCUGGAGAUGCAGGUGGAGUCCCUAAAGGAGGAGCUGCUAUGCCUCAAGAAGAACCAUGAGGAGGAAGUUAAUGUGCUCCGUUGCCAACUUGGGGACCGAUUGAAUAUAGAGGUGGAUGCUGCUCCGCCAGUGGAUCUCAACAAGAUUCUGGAUGAUAUGAGAUGCCAGUAUGAGGCCCUGGUGGAGAAUAACCGCAGAGAUGUGGAGGCCUGGUUCAACACCCAGACUGAGGAGCUGAACCAACAGGUGGUGUCCAGCUCAGAACAGCUACAGUGCUGCCAGACAGAGAUCAUUGAACUGAGACGUACGGUCAAUGCCCUGGAGAUUGAGCUGCAGGCCCAGCAUAACAUGCGGAAUUCCCUGGAAUCCACCCUGGCUGAGACAGAGGCCCGCUACGGCUCCCAGUUGGCCCAGAUGCAGUGCAUGAUCACCAAUGUGGAGGCCCAACUGGCUGAGAUCCGCUGUGACCUGGAGCGGCAGAACCAGGAGUACCAGGUGCUGCUGGAUGUCAAGGCCCGGCUGGAGUCGGAGAUCGCCACCUACCGCCGUCUGCUGGAGAGCGAGGACUGCAAGCUUCCUGCCCAUCCUUGUGCCACGGAAUGCAAGCCUGCCAUUAGGGUUCCGCAUGUCCCCUCUGCUCCUUGUGCCACUACUGUGCCCUGUGCCCCGAGUCCUCAGGUCAGCACCCAGAUCCGCACCAUCACUGAGGAGAUCAGAGACGGCAAAGUCAUCUCCUCCAGGGAGCACGUGCAGCCCCGCCCACUGUGA